UCGAAGUUUUACCCGUUCGAUCUCUUCGAUCUUCACGCUAUUAAUUGCAUAUAUCUUUUCGUAAAUCAAAUCUAUAAUUUCUUAAUCGAUCGAAGAAUUUGAUUUCUCGAGAUCUUUUUGUUCUAAUUGUUUGAUUUCUAAGAUGUCUAAAUCUAGAAACGGAGAAUUUUUCGACGAUCGCGUGGAUCGAAAUGACGACGAGUUAAUCGAAUCGUCAGACGCGUCGUCCUCAAUCAACAGCGUUGCUGAGACCUCUAACGUUGGAUCUGGAACAAAUUCCAGACAGAACGGUGAGGUGAGGAACGGAAUCGGACUCACGGAACGGUUAACGGACAUAUUAGUAGAGGAGAACGACGGAGAUUUGUUGCUUCAACAAAGCGAUCGAGAGGAUAGGGUUUUGCAAUGGCUACAAGCUUUGGAUAUGCAAGUAAUUGGUGCAUGUCGAACCGAUGAAAGGUUAAAGCCUUUGUUGAAAGUCAAUGUCUCAAACGGCGUUGCUGAGGAUCGAUUGUUAUCACAUUUGAGUCAGCACUUUGAGCCAUCUGAAGUUGGUAUGCUGGCGAGGUGCUUUUGCAUACCUUUGGUUUCUAUUCGUGUGGGGAAGAUCAACAAGCAAGGGAUUCGUUUCCAUCCUACUUCUGUAAGAGGAAAUUUUUGUCUUACGCUUCUUCCAACAUCGGACUUGCGCCUUUCAUUUGUUGGGGAUGAUGGUCAAACAGAGAGGUUGUCUACCUUAAGCGACAAACCUCAGUGUGCUGCAGUUUCCAUCAAUGAGAUUCCUGCAGACAUUUCUGGACGAUCUUUCAUUGUGAAAGUGCCAGAUGACAAAGCCUUUUACUAUUGGUGCUCGGAGAAGUCAAAGCUCUUGGGGGUUGAAUUGCUUUCAAAGAUGAAGGAUCUGAUCAAGAGAAAACCAUCCAUAGCUGAAUUAACUGGAAUCAGCGAGUCAAGACUAGGCUGUUUCGCAACUCAGCUCCGUGCUUACCUCCUGGGAACAACAGUGAAUAUACAAACAAGUUGUUCUGGUUCACCUUCACCCAGUGUGCACAGUGGGCAGUCCUUGUCAACUGCAUCAAAAUCUUUGCGAUCCCGAUACUCUAGCAGUCAAGCCCUCAAGGUGAAUGCACUUUAUCAAGGUAACUUAAGCCCAAGAUCAAGCUCUUUCAAAGAGGGUUUGACCCGAAACUUAUCUUUUCCGAGGAGCACUGCUAGGGAUAAGUUGCGAAGGCGCAGAGAUAACUAUCUUCAGGUAGCUGAGAGCCUUACAAUUGCUUCACCUAUUACAAACAAUUCGUCGAAUUGCAGUCAAGCUGAUAAUGUCAAGCUUCCAGAUGUCAAGAGUUGUUCAUUCCCCCCAAGUUUCCUGGAAUCGCUUGGAAAACUUACAGUUCCUCCAACUCCAAGCAGUGUUUCUCAAGUUUCAACCUUAGGUUAUCCUCUCUUUUCUCCUUACUAUUGUUGGUGCCCCCCAGGAUCAUCGACUGUGCAACACUCAGCUGCCUCUCAACUAACUGCCUCAUCAAUCGGAUCUUUUAAGCUUCCGCCACUUUCGUCAAUAUUGCCAACAAAUAUUGCCUCCAACCCGUUGAAACCAACUCUUCCUCUUGGUCUUGCCGAUGUUCCCUCACUUGAUUUUCCAGCUUUCCUCCCAGAACCGUUGGUCCGGCUGCCCCUGGCAAGUUCACAGCAAAUUCCAACCUUCACACCUUUGAUCUGUGAUCCCAUUGUUCAUAUUCCGGUCAUUGAUGUUUGCUCUUCAGGACAAGGCUACUUGGUUAGUGCUGGUGCUACCAUAUCAACCACAAUCCCUCCAUUGCAUCCAAACCUUGUGAACCCAUUAUUACCUGAUACUACUGACUCAGUGAUGGAGAAAGGUGCAAGAGAAACUCUCCGGCUACUCAUCAGCAAUUCAACUCAGAGCAACCCCCCAUUGAUUGAUGUACUACCAGCGGUUCUGACUACUGAUGAGAAAAAAGGUAUCCUUGUUACAGGAAGCAGGGGUCUAUAUAGCGGAACUAGAGAUGUUAGCGCUGUUGCCACUGGCAUUGCCACCAUGAGUUUCGCUACACUUUCUUCGACCUCCAUGUCAGAUAGCCUUAUAAGACAAUGUAGCAGCGGCCUUGAUAGUCCUGAUACGAAGAAGUCGAUAGGAUCUAUUGGCUCGGAAGGAUCUUGUUCAAGCAGUGAUGGCAGUGCUGCUAAACUUUCGGACUCGAAAGAAGUUAAGCAGUGAUUUAAAUGAAAAAGAAAUAGGUUAAUGUUUUUUGUUUACUUUGUAGAGGUUUCCUUUGUUGCUUAAAAAUGAAAGGUGCAGAUCAAUGCAUCUGCAGUUUGUCAUAUUUUAAAUGUAAGCAGUCCGAAUUUU